UUAAAAGUAUUUUUGGACCGCUUAGACUGUCUGCCAUUUUUCCCCUCAAAAUUCUUCAGCCUUCGAUUCACAAUGAAUCAUGGGAUAGGGUGGGCCACAAAGGAUACACCUGACCCCUCCUUCAAAUCUGGAGAGAAGGAGGACGCAUUUGUGGGCCGCAUUUGGAGCAGCCUUCAAAUUUUGGACAGCCUUUGCUGUUGUCACGUCACGGAAAUGUGAUUCUUUGAAACAAUGAUUUCAAAAAAUAAACCCUGCACAAUUCUAAACAGGAGUAUUUAUUAUAUGAGAUUAUUAAAGACAACAAACUGUGAGCAGUGAACCUCAGCAAAAAUAACAUGAAUGAGGUUUUCAGCUGUUUAGUAACACAUUUUAUUUAUACAUGAAAUAAAAUGUGAGAAAAAAGCUGCUGUGUUUGUGGUGAUGACCUCACAGCUUUUCAGGUUUUUGAAGCGUUGAACAAACAAACUCAAAUCCCUGAUGUCUCACGGACUUUCUGUGAGUUCACGGUCAUCACAUUUGUUUUACACGCUGUUAAACAAAAAAGCUGCCAUUUGGUUUUAUUUCAAUUAACUCAACAAUAAAGAUUUCAAUAAAAGACUCGAUGUGUUUUCGUUCUAAUGCCCCCCAUCUGGGUUAACUCUGACCAAUCACAUCAGCUCAUUUCAUACUGACAGAUAACUAAUUAACCUGAGUAAACACAUUCCUCAGCAGAGGAUGAAACUUUUUUAGCUUUACUCUUUAUAAUAAAAAUAAUAAUAUUAAUUUAUUACUGCCACAGUUUGAGGGUGUGCUUAUGCUGAGGUGUCAGAGAGAGUAAAACUGAGAACAGUUAGAAAUAAAUCUCAUGUAUAUGAGGAUGUGUUUAUUUUGCUUUCUGUGCGUAGCAGGAAUAAUCCUUCAGUUUCUGCCCAUACAGCAGAAAAAAAAUGGAUGAUGAGAGUUACAACUCAAACUUUCUGCAUGUUUUUUAUGUUUGAAACCACGGACUUUCUGUUUUCAAAAUGUCAGGAUUAGCAGUGGACUCUCUCUCUCUCUCACUCUGUCCUCUGUGCAGAAGCAGCAGGCGAGCCGUCCAUCGGCACACGGUCACAUGACCUCCGUUUUUGAACCACACUUCUGAGCUGUGUUUCGAAAUGUCCGCAUUUUCGGAAGUUCUUCUGAGUGUUGAAACGUCAGUGUAGACCAUCUUAUUCUCAGUUAAAGCUACGAUUACCUAAAACACCUGUGCAGGAGCCUCACAGGGUUUUUCCUGAUGCAGGGCGCCUGCUGCUGUGAUGGACAUUAACUGACCUGAGGAAACAAUGACCAGUAAAGAGCUGCUUUUGAGGACAUUGGAAGAGUUGGGCGAUGAAGAAUUCAGUGACUUCAAGUGGUAUUUGGAGCAGCCACACAUCCUGGAUGGCCUCCCAUCCAUCCCAAAGAGUCAUCUGGAGAAUGUAAAGAGGACAGAAACAGUAGAUAAGAUAGUACAGACCUACAGUCAGCAGUCUGUGGAGGUGGUGAAGAAAACUUUAACAAAGAUCAGCAGAAAUGAUCUGACAGAGCGAUUAUCAACCAUCAGCACAGCAGCACAAGAUGUGAAGUCUCCACGGCCCAUAACAUGUUACAAAGAACAGCUUCAGUCAAACCUUCAAGUCAGGUUUGUGUGCAAACAAGAAGGAUGGACAUCAAAGAAAGAUGAGAAGAACCUGGAUGACAUCUACACUGAUCUGUACAUCACAGCUGGAGGAGAAACACACACCACCAGUCACUUCAGGCAGAUUGAAAUGGCCUCUGGAAGGCCUGCAGGAACUGAAAUUAGCAACAUCUUCACACACCCUUCUGGCAUUAAAAAGAAUAUAAGAACUGUGCUGACUGCUGGGGAGGCAGGAAGUGGUAAAACCUUCCUGGUGCACAAGUUUGUUUUGGAUUGGGCUGAAAAAAGAACCAAUCAGGAUUUAGAUCUGGUAUUUCCCUUCAUUUUUAGUGAGUUGAAUUUGCAAAAGGACAAAGAGUACAGCUUUGCCAAACUCAUCCACAUGUGUAUUCCUGAAAGUGUGCACAUCAAAGAGGAGGAGCUUAACAGCAUCUUCACAACACUGCAGACAUCAGGAAACUCAGACUUUGAAAAGAGUGAAUACAAACUUCUGUUUGUGUUGGAUGGACUGAAUGAGAGUUGCCUUCAGCUGAACUUCACUGCCACAGAAAAACUACCUGUUGAUGUGACCAAGUCCACCCCAGUUGAUGUGCUGCUGACAAACCUCAUCACAGGGUGCCUGCUUCCCUCCGCUCGUAUCUGGAUGACCACAUGGCCUGGAGAAGCCAUCUCUGCUGAUUUUAUUGAUAUGGUAACUGAGGUCAGAGGGUUUACGGAGCUACAGAGGGAGGAGUACUUCAGGAAGAGAUUCAGAGAUGAGGAGAAGGUCAGCAGGAUCAUCUCCCACAUCAAGUCAUCACCAAGCCUCCACUUCAUGUGCCACAUCCCGGUCUACUGCUGGAUCACUGCUACAGUUCUGCAGGAGGUAUUGGAGAGCAAAGAGAGAGGAGAUCUGCCGGAGACCCUGACUGAGGUUUACACAGAGUUCCUGAAUAUUCAGAUCAGAAAUUUGAAGCAAAAAUAUGGCCCAGAAAAAAGCCUUGAGUGCAUUAAGAUGAUUGCAAAACUGGCUUUUAACCAGCUGGAGAAAAGCAGCCUGAUCUUCAGUGAAGAACUAACAGAGGAUGAAAGCACUUUCACAGAACCCUUAAAGCAUUCAAAUGCAUUCUUGUGGUUCUUUAAAGAGGAUCAUCAGCUGAAGAAGGGCAGGAAAAAAGUGUUCAGCUUUGUCCAUCAGAGUGUAGUGGAGUUUUUGGCUGCUCUGUUUGUGGUCUCAGACAUUAUUACUGAAGACAAUUUGGCUCAGUCACAGAAUUGUUUGAAGAGACCUGGAAAUGUUUUCAGCCAAACAUAUAUACCAGAGAUCUACAGCAACACUGUUGACAAAACCGUAAAGAGUCUGGAUGGACAUCUGGACUUGUUCCUUUGCUUCCUCCUGGGCCUUUCACAGCAGACCAACAAACCUCUAUUACAAGACCUGCUGCCAACAAGAAGUAGCUCACAGACCAUUAGGCUAAUAGUAGAACAUGUGAAAAAGAAAGUCAGAGAAAAUCCAUCUCCUGAGAGAAGAAUCAGCCUGUUCCUCUGUCUGAAUGAGCUGAAGGAUGGUUCUCCAGUGGAGGAGAUCCAGCAAUUCCUGAGAUCAGGAACAGUCUUAGAUGACCUUUCUCCUGCUCAGUGGUCAGCUCUGGUCUUCAUGAUAUUGUCAUCACAAAAAAAUCUGACUGUGUUUGACCUGAAGGAAUACUCUGGUUCAGAAAAGGCUCUUCUGGGUCUGCUGCCAGUGGUUGAAGCAUCUAACAAAGCUCUGUUCAGUUGCUGUAACCUCUCAGAGAGGAGCUAUGAAGCUCUGUGUUCACUUCUCAGCUCCCAGUUCUGCAGUGUGAGUGAGCUGGACCUUAGUAACAACAGACAACAGGAUUCAGGCGUGAAGCUGAUUUCUGCAGUACUCAAUAAUCCACACUGUAAACUGCAAACUCUCAGGCUGAAUGGCUGUAACCUGUCAGAGAGAAGCUGUGAACCUCUAUGUUCCCUUCUCAGCUCCAAGUCCUGCAAUCUAAGAGAGUUGGACCUGAGUAACAAUAAGCUCCAGGAUUCAGGCAUGAAGCUUCUCUCAGCUGGAUUGAAGAGUCCACACUGUAAACUGGAAACUCUGAGGCUGAGUAACUGUAACCUAUCAGAGAGAAGCUGUAAUGAUCUGUUCUCAGUUCUCCGCUCCCAGUCAUGUAGUCUGAAAGAGCUCGACCUGAGUAACAACAAGCUGCGGCUGUCAGGAAAAAACCUGCAUGAAAGCUCUACAAAGACCAUUGUCUGGACAAGUAACAUCUCAAAGUACAAGGACAUCAUCUCCAACAGUGAUCUGAUCCGUUCAGGACCUCCUGCUGUUUACCAACUGAGAACAAAAAAACAGAAGUUUGGAACUCUGACAAGAAUGACUGUUGGUGAAAAAAAUCCAGACAAGCCAAAUAAAACCAUCUUACUUGUGGGUGAAACAGAAGCAGGAAAAUCUACUAUGAUCAACGCUCUGUGUAACUACAGCAUGGGAGUGAAGUGGGAGGAUGAAACCUGGUUUUAUAUCGUAGAGGAGGAGAAGAAAAGUCAGGCAGAAAGUCAGACAUUAGAUGUGAUCGUGUACGAGAUCUUUGGUUUUGAAGAUAAAACUCUUCCCUACUCUCUGACCAUCAUCGAUACUCCUGGAUAUGGAGACAUCAGAGGGAUUAAACAUGACAUCAUCAGUCAAAGAUUAUUGGACUUGUUUGGAUCAGAGAAUGGAGUUCAUGAAGUUCAUGCAGUGGGUCUGGUGAUGAAAAUGUCAGAAUAUCGACUGAGUGACCAACUGAUAAAUGUCUUUGAUUCAGUGAUGUCUCUGUUUGGAAAAAACAUGGAGAAAAAUGUUGUAGCUCUGAUCACACACUCAGAUGGAAGACAUCCUAAAAAUGCUUUUCAAGCUCUUGAAGCAGCAAACAUUAAAUGUGCCAAAAAUGAGAAGAAUCAGCCUGUUCACUUCCUGUUUGAUAACUGCCAGCAUGAAGAGCGAACAGAGGAAAAUGAAAUUGGUUUGGAAUUUGUAUGGACAGUAACAGAGAGAGGAAUGAGAGAAUUCACAGCCUUUCUGGAAAAAGCUACAGCUCAAAAACUGAUGAUAACUGUGGAAGUUCUGAAUGAACGAAUCAGACUGACAACCUGCAUCCAAAACCUGAAAGAUAGAUUUGGCCUGACUGAACUGAAACAGUUUCCAGAAGGUUUGAAGAAAAAGAAAAAUUAUAGGAAAAGAACAGACAAUCUUUUGGAAAACCCUGAAAAGGAAAUUAUCCAACAGACAGCAGAGGAGUCACAGUUACUAAAUGAGUCCUACAAACUUGCUGUCAAACUGGAUGAGCAAGCUCUGAAAGCUGAUUCAGCGUCUACCAUUGUCCACUGGGACUUCCUGAUUGAGAAGAUGAAGGAGAGAGGAGACACAGAGAAGGUCCAGAAACUGGAGGAGAUGAGAAGCAGAGUGGAUGAAGGAACCAGAGCAGCUCUGCGGUUCAAACAGCAGCUGGGAAAAUAUUUAAAAAUGGACUGAAGAAGGUUCACAUUCAUUCGUUUUGUAAUAGUGUUAUAUUUUUUAAUACCUUAACAGAACUUUGAUGCAAAUUUAAAUGAUACAGCAGCUAUAAUUUUACACGAGUAUAUGAAGUCCACAGUGUGUUGCUGUGACUGUGCUUUAACCGCAGUGAGGUCGCCCCCUGCUGUUAAUGAUCAGUACAACAGUGUGUGAGAACAGCUCCCUCCCUGAUAUCACAAACUAAACACAAAGUCACUCUGUGUUCUCCACAAAUACAUGUGUUUCUGUCACGUUGUUCUAAUGUUGUCAGUGUGAGCUUUAAUCUGUUGCUCCUCUCAUGGUGACUCAGUGUCAGUAAAGUGGUUGUGAGACAGUAAUAUGUCACUGACAUGAUCCAGAAACAGUCCAACAUGUUGUUGUCUUUCUAAUCAGUGAGUACAGAGGAUGUUAGAGACACUGAACUCAGACACAGUGUAGAAAUAUUCAAUCCAACUUUGACUCUUCAGUGUUUGUGAAGAGUCCAGUCCUGAAAUCUGAUCUUCUUUCAUCUGACUGAUACCUUGGAGUCUUCAUGUGUGUUCAUGCUCUCAAUGACUGCUUGAAUUAUUUCUGAUGACUCAGGCUGAGUGGAAACAUUUGGAUCCUUUCAUGUUGGACUUGAUUUGUUCAAAUUCUCUAUAUUCUGUUCUUCCACAUGAAAUCA